CGAGUCAGCCGACUAUCAGCGGCAGAGUGAGGUGUUGUUCGUCCAUUGAAAGUCGGAAGUUGUCUUUUGGUUUAGUGAAACUUUACAAAAUGGCAGAGGACAACACUUAUGAGUCGAUGCUAUGCGUGAAGCCGGAGGUCCAUGUUUACCGAAUCCCACCGCGGGCUUCCAACCGUGGAUAUCGUGCUGCUGACUGGAAGCUGGAUGAGCCAGCAUGGAGCGGAAGGCUGAAAAUCACAGCUAAAGGCAAGAAGGCCUUUAUCAAGUUGGAGGACAGAAACACGGGAGAGCUGUAUGCUCAGGCUCCAGUUGAGCAGUAUCCAGGAUCGGCAGUGGAGGCAGUCACAGACUCCAGCAGGUACUUUGUAAUACGGAUAGAGGACGGAACAGGACGUCAUGCUUUCAUCGGUCUGGGAUUCGCUGAUCGUGGAGACUCGUUUGACUUUAAUGUGGCUAUACAGGACCACUUUAAGUGGGUCAAACAGGAAGGGGAUCUGGCUAAACUGGAGGCUUCUCAGAGUUCAGCGCCUAAACUAGACCUGAGCUUCAAAGAGGGACAGACCAUCAAGAUCAGCAUCGGAAACAUUAAGAAGAAGGAAGCCGGCGGUGCCAAACCUCGAGCUGUGGGUGGGGGUCUGCUUCCUCCUCCUCCAGGAGGAAAACCAGGAGGUUUCCUGCCACCACCUGAAGGGCUGCAGACUGCUCCGGCUGCACAGCCCAACGCUGCUCCUCUGUUAGACCUCGGCUCUCCUGUCCCUGCAGCCCAGCCCAGCUCCGAUAUGUGGGGGGAUUUCACAUCUGCUGGAUCCAACUCCAACAAAGACGACUCCAAAUCAGGAUGGGUCCAGUUCAGUUGAGCUGUAAGAACCAAAAGGCCCCUCUCAGGUUCCUUACAUUCCUGCAGACAGGACGAUUGUUGAUGUAAAGAAGCAGGUGUUUUGGCGUUUUCACUGUUUCCUUGCUGAGCUUUCUCAGUUCGGAUGCAGGACAGCCUGCUGACCAACACACUCUAAAGGAACAAAGUUGGAGAUUUUUACAGCCUCUUUACUCUGCUAUGCAGUAGAUCACUUUUUAAAAACAAGGGAAAUUUGUCUCCUCACACUAACAGUGAAAGGUAUUUGUUCUCUUCCUUUAUUGAAUUGUUCCUGGAGCUUUCUUAUCCUUUUGUCAUCGUUUCACCGAUGAUCUCCUCACAGUCAGAUUUCACCACCUGUCUUUAAAACAUCUAUGUUCAUCGAUCACUCCCAAAGGGAUCUCGCCUCACAACCAUCAUUCAUCUCAAAGCGUUUAUUGGGAGAUAGUUGAAGUUUCCCAUUUUCAUUCAGCUGUAAAACAGCUUCUGUUCUUGUUUAUUCAAUAGUUUUUAUUUGCUCCUUGUUUUAGAAGAUCAUAAGGAUCUCUUAAUAUUUGAUAAUCAGCUUUAGGUUGAAUAUAAUCUGUUUUGUUUAAAUCAUCUUUGGGGGUAAGAAGUGAUUCUCUAUGUUUUUGUUUUUAGUUUUGUCAUUUCUUGUUCAUUUCUUCUUCCAAAUGUCUCGUUUAUCUUUAUCCUUUCUGGAAUGUGCCUUUUUACCCAACAUCAAAUCUUCUUUUCUUUCUUCCCAAGUAUGAAGUGCCUUCCUGGAAAUAGACCUAAAGUAUGUGUAAAAUGUAAAUAAACUGUAUAUUUCACUUGUUUUGUCGGUGUCCUUUUGAUGGUUGCUGUAUUGCGCCUUUUUAGAGGGAUGAGCUCUGUGUGACGAUCGUUACAGCUGCAGGGUGUGUUCAGUUUGCUGGGAAAGUCUCAAAAUAAAAACGGGAAUAAGAAGGUAUUUUUAUUAAAAGAC